CUUUUCUUUGCUGAGCUUCCAUACACGUGGCGUAAGGUGCGAGUGGCGCCUGCAGUCCCCUCGCGCCACGACGAGGAAGAGGAGGAACGCCAUGGCGCAGGUUGGAAUGGUAGCUAUGUGGCUGUUCUUGAUCUUAGCGGUCACCGGACUGGGCGCCGCCCCUACUGCGGUCGGAGCACAGGAUCAGGAUGCUGCAGACAACCGACAGGGCGAGCCCGCGGCAAGGACCGUCAUUGUGGCCGGAUCCGCUGGCGUGCCGCUGAGCGUCAACUCGGCGCUGGCGCCGGCCAGCCGCCAGGAGUACGGGGCUGUGCAGCCAGCAGGCAGCUACGGCCUAUUGCCGCGCAGCAGGCUGCGCCGGAACGCCCACAGACGCCGGAGGCGCCUGGACAACCCACGCUACUACUACCCGAACGGCGACUACUCAUCGGACACAGAGGUCGGCUGGGACAACUACCGCAGGCGAGCCGUGCGCGAGUCGGCUGAAGUGGGCCGGCGCCCCGACUCCUACCAGGUAUCCUACGCGGCUCCGCUGGAGUCGGACGCUGCCAUCGCCUCGGCGGAGCGCUUCAAGGUCGACGAAGGUCACAGGGAGCCGGAACAGGAGUACGCGGCCGGUGGGUACGACUACCGGACUGGCUACCAGCGCCAAGGCUAUCAGAAGCAGCGGCGCUCCGCCGCCGCAGUGCCGGCACCCAGGCGAAACGCCAAGCAGUGGGGCUCGUGGCAGUCGGACUACGGCGGCGGCCAUAUGCAGCAGUCCUGGAACGAGCGCUACCCACAGUAUGACUACGGGGAGCCAGCCAUUGCAUAUGCCAGGAAGGAGCCGUCCAAGUUUUAUGUCCGUGAAGAAUCCGCCUCGGGUGUGGCCGACCCGGGCAGCAGCGCGCAGUCCAGCUAUGCCGCCGAAGUGGCCGGCCAGGACGGAGUAGUGGAGCGCGCCGGAGACGUGCCGGCCGUCGCCGCCGCUGCCAUCCCCCAGUAGUGCAACAAUAAACCAAGGAGAGCAUCUUGCUUCCCUGUGUUCGAUAACAGAUGUGAAGUUUUUCAAACAGCCCGAGUGAAAGCAGCCCCAUCGCACUCGUCAAGAGCAUUCUGGACAAGUGUGACGGGAGUUAGCUCUCGCGCUUAUCACACCGUGAAGCACAACAAGCGAUCACUUAUGGCAAUCGGAGUGAAGCAUAAUAAAUUGGCGGCUUUCGCUGUGUACAUUCUUUGGAAGGAAAGGUACGUGGGAGAGCGCGCGAUUCAUCUUCGACAAGCAAGGUUAUUAUACCACCUUCAUGGGUCUCAUCGGAACUGCUUCCUGUAUGAUAGGCAUCACGACA